AUGGAGUCAUUACAGGGUGGGCCCCCAGCCCAUAUGGCUACCACAACUUUGAAGGUAGACGGCAUGACAUGUGGUGCCUGUACUUCGGCGGUCGAGUCGGGGUUCAAGGGCGUGGAAGGUGCGGGAGCAGUGUCUGUGAGUUUGAUGAUGGGAAGGGCUGUGGUACAUCAUGAUCCCGUCCUGCUGCCGCCAGAGAAGCUUGCCGAAAUCAUUGAAGACCGCGGAUUCGAUGCUGAAGUCCUUUCGACGGACAUGCCUGAGCCCGCGCCGGUGGUCUCCCAGCAAGAUGACUCCAAUGCACGCACCGAAACAGGUUCACAGAUCACCGCAACAACAAUAUCUAUCAAAGGAAUGACUUGCGGGGCGUGUACCUCGUCGGUAGAGGCGGGUUUCAAGGAUGUGCCAGGUGUCAAGAGUCUGAGCGUAUCAUUACUUGCCGAGCGCGCGAUUGUCCAGCACGAUGCAAACCAAAUCAGCGCCGAAGCUUUAGCUGAAAUAAUAGAGGACCGCGGCUUUGAUGCCACCGUUGUGGAAUCCAAAGCACAGGAGAAUACCAAGCCUACCACAGGAACUGGAUCUGGAGACACUGCUGCCCACUCUACGUGGACGACAACAGUUGCGAUCGAAGGCAUGACCUGCGGGGCGUGCACCUCGUCCAUCGAUGCGGCUUUCAAGAACACUCCAGGACUGGUGCGAUUCAACAUCUCCCUCCUUGCAGAACGAGCGGUCAUUUCGCAUGACCCAGUGGCCUUACCCUCCGAGAAGAUUGUCGAACUGAUUGAAGAUGCUGGGUUCGAAGCUAAGAUUAUAUCUUCGCAAGCCGAAACAGCGGUGCAAGGCUCAUCGAAUACUGUACAACAGCUUAAGAUUUACGGGCUUCCUGAUGGCAAGGCCGCUACAGAUCUGGAAACCGAACUGAGGUCUAAACCUGGAAUCAAGAACGCUGUCAUCAGUUUGUCUACGUCACGAGCCACUGUCACGUAUGAUCCGGCUAUGAUCGGCCUCAGAAUGAUUGUCGGCGUCGUCGAAACAGCCGGCUUCAAUGCGCUCGUGGCAGACUCCGAGGACAACAAUGCCCAGCUAGAGUCACUGGCCAAAACCAAAGAAAUUCAGGAAUGGAGGCGCGCGUUCCUGACAUCCUUGGGCUUUGCCAUUCCUGUCUUACUGAUCAGCAUGGUCAUACCCAUGUUUUUGCCGUCGCUGGACUUCGGGGCCUUUCAAAUUAUACCUGGUCUCUUCUUAGGCGAUGUCAUUUGUUGCGCCUUGACAGUACCAGUGCAGUUUGGCAUUGGCAAGCGCUUUUACAAGUCAGCAUACAAGAGCCUGAAGCAUAGAUCUCCUACGAUGGAUGUCCUGGUCGUUCUGGGGACGUCGGCAGCAUUCUUUUUCAGCUGUUUUGCUGUCGUUGUGGCGGUUCUAAUACCACCUCAUAACAAACCAGGAACGGUGUUUGACACAAGCACCAUGUUAGUCACAUUCAUUACUCUCGGCAGGUGGCUUGAAAACCGGGCGAAAGGUCAGACCUCAAAGGCACUUUCCAGCUUGAUGUCUCUUGCCCCCAGCAUGGCGACCAUCUAUGAUGACCCUUUGUAUGCCGAGAAGCUCGCCGAUGCUUGGUCAGUCCCUGAAUCUCCGAUCCUGGAAAAGACUCCAUCCAUCUCUUCGAGGCAUAAUAGUCUCUCGGGACCAUCGGGGCCAUCUGCGAUUGAGAAAGUCAUUCCCACAGAACUGAUCGAAGUCGGAGAUCUUGUCAUUCUGCGUCCUGGCGAUAAAGUUCCAGCCGACGGGAUUGUUACUCGCGGCGAGAGCUACGUGGAUGAGAGUAUGGUGACUGGAGAGCCUAUGCCCAUUUUCAAGAAAAAGGGCAGCGCACUCAUCGCUGGUACGGUUAAUGGAGCUGGCAAGGUGGACUUCAAGGUGACUCGUGCCGGAAAAGAUACACAACUAAGCCAGAUCGUGAACCUGGUUCAAGAAGCACAAACAUCUCGAGCACCGAUUCAACGCAUGGCGGAUCUUGUCGCAGGGUAUUUCGUCCCUGUCAUCAUUCUGCUGGGUCUCAUCACCUUUAUCGGAUGGAUGGUUCUCAGCCAUACCAUGCCGAAUCCACCGAAAAUCUUUGUCGACGGACAGAGCGGUGGCAAAUUUAUGGUGUGCCUGAAACUCUGCAUCUCUGUUAUUGUAUUUGCUUGCCCCUGCGCCUUAGGUUUAGCCACUCCCACAGCAGUAAUGGUGGGAACCGGAACUGCCUCUCAGCAAGGUAUUCUCGUCAAGGGAGGAGCUGCUCUUGAAGAAGCUACACGAAUCACGCACGUCCUUCUCGACAAGACUGGUACCUUAACAUUCGGCAAGCUCCAUGUUGCUGAUACAAACAUUGCAUCUCUUUGGAGCUCCAAUGAGUGGAGAGUCAAGUUAUGGUGGACUCUCAUUGGGCUUGCUGAAGCCGGCUCUGAACACCCCAUUGCCAGAUCUGUGGUCGCAGCGUCAAGAGAAAAGCUUGACCUCGAUGACGAAGAGCCGUUCCCUGGCCAAGUAGUUACUUUCGGAGUGACGGUUGGCCAAGGUGUUUCUGCUAUAAUCGAGCUAGAGAACUCGACCGCUGCAGAACAAACCAGAUACAAGGUGUAUGUCGGCAACGCGAAAUUCCUGCACGGCAAGAAAAUCCCGAUUCCAGCAGAGUUCGAGGAUGAUGGCAACCCGACGUCGGCCCUCGCGACCGCCGCUAGAGAGAAGUCCAAGACCGGGAUAACAACCGUCUACGUAGCCAUCAACGGUCAAUUUGCCGGUAUCCUGGAGCUCUCAGAUGCGCUGAAACCCACGGCGCCAGCAGCCAUUGCAGCCCUGCACAAGAUGGGCAUCAGCACAUCCCUGGUGACUGGCGACACGUACAACACCGCUUUCAGCAUUGCGCGACUCGUCGGCAUCCCUUCCGACUCGAUCCGUGCAUCAGUAUCCCCGGGAGAGAAACAGGCCCUCGUGGCCGAGUUGCAAUCUCAAGGCGAGGUCGUGGCCAUGGUAGGCGAUGGGAUCAAUGAUUCACCCGCCCUUGCGACCGCCAACAUCGGAAUCGGCUUGGUCUCCGGCAGUGACAUUGCUGUCGAAGCAGCGGACAUUGUCAUCAUGCGAUCCGACGACCUGCUGAACAUCCCCGCCGCACUGCAUCUGUGUCGUGUUAUCUUCCGGCGGAUCAAGAUGAACCUGAUCUGGGCGUGCGCGUACAACGUCAUUGGCCUGCCGUUCGCGAUGGGAAUUUUCCUGCCUUUGGGAUAUCACAUGCCACCGCUGAUGAGCGCAACCGCAAUGAUGUUUAGUAGUAUCAGCGUCACACUGUCGAGUCUUGCACUGAGGUGGGCGGGGCGGCCGAGGUGGUUGACCGUCGAGGCCAUGGAUGCGGAAGGCGCCAAAAUCUCGGUGCCCGUGGUUGGCCAGAAGCGGAAUCUGGGUGUGGUGGCGACAGCGAGGGACCUGGUGUCUGGACUGUUCGAUGCCGCGCUGACGAAGCGAAAGGCGGCGGAACGCGACCGUGGCAAUUAUGUUCCUCUUCGGAAUGUAGAGCCUGUUUAG